CUCCUUUUCCCUUCCUUUCCUUCAACGGGCGAGGUUUUUUGAAACCCCUCCUCCUCCUCCUUCCCCAACACACAAUCGAAGCCGCCGCGCCGCAACACCACCCCCAGACGGGCAGCCGCGCGCGCAGGAGGAGGAGAGGAGCUCGCUCCCUUUGCCCUGCCUAGGGUUUCGUGCCACCCCAUCUCUCCUUCCCCCACCCCACCCGCUUCCUCGAUUCGAUCCUCCGCUUCCCCCCGAUCUGGGCGGCGGCGGCUUUGGCGGCGGAGGUGUUGAUGAGGCGGUAGAUCAAUGGGCGCGAUGCCGGCGGUGAAGGUGGAGGAGGAGGAGGAGGAGCGGAAUCCGGUGGCGUCGAGCCCUUCGGUCUCGGAGGGGAGCGCGCACGCCGCCGCGCUGGCGUCGCCCACCGCGGCGGAUUCCAUCUUCGGUCGCAGGCGAAAAAGUGGCCCGGUAAGGAGAGCUAAGGGUGGCUGGACACCAGAAGAGGAUGAAAAAUUGCGGAAGGCAGUUGAUAUUUAUAAUGGCAAAAACUGGAAGAAGAUAGCCGAAUCUUUCUCUGAUAGGACAGAAGUACAAUGUCUGCAUAGAUGGCAGAAAGUUCUUGAUCCUGAACUUAUAAAAGGUCCAUGGACCCAAGAGGAAGAUGAUGUCAUCAUCAAUAUGGUAAAGAAGCAUGGACCAAAAAAAUGGUCUGUUAUAGCAAGGUCACUAAAUGGUCGAAUUGGUAAACAAUGCCGAGAGAGGUGGCAUAAUCAUUUGGACCCACAAAUAAGGAAAGAAGCUUGGACUGUUGAAGAGGAGCGUGUGCUUGCCCGUGCUCAUUGUAUGUAUGGGAAUAAAUGGGCAGAAAUUGCUAAACUUCUUCCUGGAAGGACAGACAAUUCUAUAAAAAACCAUUGGAACAGUUCAUUAAGAAAAAAAAUAGAUGACUACAAUACCAGAGAUAUUCUGCCAGUUCAUCCACCAGUUGUUGGUGAUGGUUUGAAACAGUUACCAAAGCGGCCACCUGCUGACAACCAUUUUGACUUAAACAAAGAGCCAAUUAUCUGUUCAAGAGACCGCUUAGGAGUAGUUCAUUCUGACCCUACCUCUCAUCAACGGGCAUCCAAUUUGAAAGACUUUAAGGGCUGUGCAGAUUACCUCUCACUUGGUCAGCCAGUAACUUCAUGUGAGGCUUCUGCAGCUGAUGAUUCUGCUUUUGAUCUAGCAACACAGGGAAUGAGAAUGGAUUCUGUUCAUGACAAGGGUACUGGGAACAAUUUUGUUUGUGGGAAGGUUCAGGGAAUCAAUUUUCUUGGUGACAAGGGACUUAAAAUUAAUCAGAUAUCAGAUAAAAUGGGCUGUUCAAGACAAGCUAAGAGAGAAGGUGAAGCAGCCAUUAAUGGCGGCGGAUCAUCCUUGCAGAGUGAGGCUCACUCUGUUGGUUCUCUUUGUUAUCAGAUACCUAAGAUGGAAGACAUUGCUCCUGCCCAAUCCCCAGUGUUUACAGCAAAUUAUGUACCGGAACACUCUAGGAACGUAAUGCACUCACCCAAUGGCUAUACUACUCCACCCACUCAUGGAAAAGGAUCAGAUCAGCUUAGUGUUGAAUCCAUAUUGAGAAGUGCUGCUGAAAAAUUCCAUGGUACUCCCUCAAUACUAAGAAGAAGAAAAAGAGAUAAACCGACGCCUGCUGAAGAUAAUGAUUUGAAGAUUGGCAGAUUAAGCAGUGAUGACUUCCACACUCCCAUAGGAAAGUGUACUACAGAUAGCCCACAGUCAUUCAAAACUGCAGCACUUUUGUCCUUGGGUCCUAUGGAUGAGCAAGGGAGUCUUGAUGUUUCCCCUCCAUAUCGACUAAGGUCAAAAAGAUUGGCUGUCCUGAAAACUGUUCAAAAUCAUCUGGAUUUUUCAUCUGAUGAAAUGAGCAUUUGUGAUACUACAAUGAAAUCUGCCUGCGGGAAUUCUGAUUGUGCUAAUGCCAGUAGUGGUGUUUCAAGCAUUCAAGGGAAGAAACUGGAUGAGCAUAUGAUUGGAUUGGAAACUUUAACCAUGAACUUUGCGCAUACGACAAAGUUGGAUGCUACCCAACCUAAUUUGUAGCAUUCAGAAACAGCUAGCGAUGUGCUGAAGUGGGCGAGGAGACCUGAUGCGUCUAAAUUUAAUGUUGUCACUCUUCCUAAAGGCAAAUAGGAAACACAUUUUCUUUUUUUUGCAGUUCGUUUGAAUUACCAAGGUACAGGAGAGUCACCAUUUACCAACCCUACCAUCUCUCCUUGGUGGGCUGUACAAAGCCAUCUCCAUUUUCGACAGAAAAUAUGUUGCUACUGUAAGCUCACAGUUAGCAAUUCAAUUUUUAAAGGCUCACAACUCACAUCUGUGUAGAAAGAACAAUCAGUUAUAGAAACUUAUCAAAGUUUUUCCUUUUUUUGAACUGCAGAAACAUUUAAAAAGUUUAUCAAGAUUCCACAUACUUUUUUUUCCUUUAUA